UAACCGUUAGAGUAGGUUGAGGCUGAGCAGAUUGGCCUGAGAUGUUCCAUAUUAAAUUAUUUUUUUAAUCCGAAGUCUCUGGCACUUGUUCCUGCCUAGAGUCUCUUGUAAUGGAGCAGCUUCCUGAGACUCUGCAGUGUUCGUCCCUUGUGCUCCCCUCAGGACUUCUCAGUAGGUCAGAUUCCCAGACUAACGCCUGCUUCUCUGUCUUCUCCUGUUUGUGGCAGCCAAAGGUGGAUGUGGGAAGAGACGCUUGCCGAGCCGAAAUGGAGGUCAGAGUUUCGUCACAGAAGGUUACUGGGUCAUCGGAUUCGGUGGCCACACUGAACAGUGAAGAAUUUGUUUUGGUGCCUCAGCAUGCAGAUGACACCUCUGCCAAAGAUGAGGGAAAACCUGAACUGAAGAUAGUUUCUAAUGGUGAUGAACAGUUGGAAAAAGCCAUGGAAGAGAUUUUGAGGGAUUCUGAGAAAGGGCAAAGCAGCCUUCCCUCUGAUUGUCAGAGUUCCAGUGAUAUUGUAGACCAUUCGUUUGGAGAUGUUUCAGCCAGCCAAACAACUAAGCCAUCUCUUCAGUUAGUUUUGGAUCCAUCAAAUACAGAAAUUUCUACACCCAGACCGUCUUCUCCAAGUGGAUUACCCGAAGAAGAUAGUGUUUUAUUUAACAAACUGACCUACUUAGGAUGCAUGAAGGUCUCUUCCCCCCGUAAUGAGGUGGAGGCUUUGCGGGCGAUGGCAACUAUGAAAUCUUCCAGCCAAUACCCCUUUCCUGUUACUCUGUAUGUGCCAAAUGUUCCCGAAGGUUCUGUGAGAAUCAUAGACCAGGCCAGCAAUGUGGAGAUAGCUUCUUUUCCAAUCUACAAGGUGCUGUUCUGUGCACGCGGACAUGAUGGGACAACAGAGAGCAACUGCUUUGCAUUUACAGAGAGUUCCCAUGGUUCAGAAGAAUUUCAGAUACAUGUUUUCACCUGUGAAAUUAAAGAGGCAGUAAGCAGAAUCUUGUACAGUUUCUCCACAGCAUUCAAACGCGCCUCCAGACACGUGUCGGAUGUUAAAGACUCAGUUAUGCCGACCCCCGACAGUGACGUGUUUACCUUCAGUGUCUCCUUGGAGGUAAAAGAGGACGAUGGGAAAGGAAACUUUAGCCCUGUGCCUAAGGAUAGAGAUAAAUUUUAUUUCAAAUUGAAACAAGGAAUAGAGAAGAAGGUUGUGAUUACAGUGCAGCAACUUUCUAACAAAGAAUUAGCUAUUGAAAGAUGUUUUGGAAUGUUGUUAAGCCCAGGUCGAAACGUGAAGAACAGUGACAUGCAUUUACUGGAUAUGGAGUCCAUGGGAAAGAGCUGUGAUGGGAGGGCCUACGUCAUCACUGGGAUAUGGAACCCCAACGCACCCGUCUUUCUGGCACUUAAUGAAGAAACCCCAAAAGACAAGCGAGUGUACAUGACGGUGGCGGUGGACAUGGUGGUCACGGAGGUGGUGGAGCCCGUGCGCUUCCUGCUGGAGACGCUCGUCCGCGUGUACCCUGCCAACGAGCGGUUCUGGUACUUCAGCAGGAAGACUUUCACGGAGACUUUCUUCAUGAGGCUGAAACAGUCCGAGGGAAAAGGUCACACCAGUGCUGGAGAUGCAAUCUAUGAGGUGGUGAGUCUCCAGCGAGAGUCUGAGGAGCAGCAGCCACUCACUCCUACUAGUGGAGGGGGCCCACUGUCGCCCCAGGAGGAUGAAGCAGAGGAGGAGAGUGAUAAUGAACUCUCAAGUGGAACAGGUGAUGUGUCUAAGGAUUGUCCUGAGAAGAUCCUGUAUUCUUGGGGAGAAUUGCUAGGAAGAUGGCACAACAACCUGGAGGCACGACCGAAAGGGCUGUGGGCUCUGGUGAAGAGUGGCGUCCCUGAAGCUCUGAGGGCAGAGGUGUGGCAGUUGUUAGCAGGCUGCCAUGACAACCAGGAGAUGCUGGAUAGGUACCGACUGCUCAUCACAAAGGACUCCGCCCAGGAGAGUGUUAUCACUCGAGACAUUCACCGCACAUUCCCCGCACACGACUACUUUAAGGAUACUGGAGGCGACGGCCAGGAGUCGCUGUACAAGAUCUGCAAGGCCUACUCUGUCUACGAUGAGGACAUCGGGUACUGCCAGGGGCAGUCUUUUCUCGCCGCCGUCUUGCUGCUGCACAUGCCGGAAGAGCAGGCGUUCUGUGUUUUGGUGAAAAUCAUGUAUGACUAUCACUUGCGAGACCUCUACAAAAACAACUUUGAAGAUCUGCAUUGCAAAUUUUAUCAGCUGGAGAGACUACUACAGGAGCAGCUGCCGGACCUGCACGGCCAUUUCUGUGACCUGAACCUGGAGGCCCAUAUGUACGCGUCCCAGUGGUUCCUCACGCUCUUCACGGCCAAGUUCCCGCUGUGCAUGGUCUUCCACAUCCUGGACCUGCUGCUCUGUGAGGGUUUGAACAUAAUCUUUCACGUGGCCUUGGCUCUUCUAAAGACCUCAAAGGAAGAUCUUCUGCAGGCUGAUUUUGAAGGAGCUUUAAAGUUCUUCAGAGUCCAGCUUCCGAAGAGAUACAGGGCAGAGGAAAAUGCAAGAAGAUUGAUGGAGCAGGCCUGCAAUAUUAAGGUGCCGACCAAGAAGCUGAAGAAGUAUGAGAAGGAGUACCAGGCGAUGCGCGAGAGCCAGCUGCAGCAGGAGGACCCCAUGGACAGAUACAAGAGGGAGAACCGGAGACUACAGGAGGCCAGCAUGAGGUUGGAGCAGGAGAAUGACGACCUGGCCCACGAGCUGGUGACCAGCAAAAUCGCCCUGCGGAAUGACUUAGAUCAGGCAGAAGACAAAGCAGACGUGCUGAACAAGGAGCUCCUCCUGACCAAGCAGAGGCUGGUGGAGACCGAGGAGGAGAAGAGGAAGCAGGAGGAGGAGACCGCUCAGCUAAAGGAGGUCUUCCGGAAGCAGCUGGAGAAGGCGGAGUACGAAAUAAAGAAGACCACGGCCAUCAUCGCCGAGUACAAACAGAUCUGUUCCCAGCUGAGCACCAGGCUGGAGAAGCAGCAAGCGGCCAGCAAGGAGGAGCUGGAAGUGGUAAAGGGCAAAAUGAUGGCGUGUAAGCACUGCAGCGACAUCUUCAGCAAGGAGGGCGCCGUGAAGCCGGCAGCCGGCCCCCGCGCCGACCAGGGGGCCGAGUCGGACGACGAGAAGGACGCACUGAAGAAGCAGCUGAGGGAGAUGGAGCUGGAGCUGGCACAGACCAAACUGCAGCUGGUGGAGGCCAAGUGCAAAAUCCAGGAACUUGAACAUCAGAGAGGGGCACUUAUGAAUGAAAUCCAAGCUGCAAAAAACUCUUGGUUUAGCAAAACCCUGAACUCUAUCAAAACGGCCACGGGCACCCAGCCCCUGCAGCCACCACAGACCACCCAGCCGCCCAAGGAGAGCACAUAGUCCCAGCCCCAGCCCGGCACAAGAGCACAAUGUCACAGUGACCGAGACCCCGGAGGACUCUCCCAGGCGUCCCUUUUGAAGAAGGAAAGUGGAGGAGGCCAGAGAGCGAGCCCGGUCUUUCUGCCACCCUCCCCCUUUCUCGUACGACACUUUCGAAGGGACGUUGUUUAAACUGACCUGGUUUGUGUCGAACACCUGUGUCUGAGCUUCUUGGAAGGCCAUGUUCACAUCCGUUCUAGUAUUACGCAUUAUUUUACAUGCCUGACAUUUAGUUGGAAAUAAGUAAUUCAGAACUAAAUGCUUUUUAUUGAGAACUAACUUCAUAAUUGUUUUUAUCUUACGUAAAAAUGAAGAUGUCUUUUACUCCAAGGUUGAAGUGAUGGAAAGAUACUUGUCACAGGCAGAAAACAAGUGGAAACCUGAAACUCCCACCUUUUCAGGACUCCUUCAGAUAAAGCACACAGCGGAGCCGGCCGGGGCCGCGCUGGGCAGUGUCCUCCCGACGGGGGCUCCUGGCCGGCGGGUCCUGUCGGGGGGGGGCGGGGGGUGCGCAGACCUGGGGUCGAAUGGGCCCCAGAGACAGUUCGAGUGUUUCACUUUCUGUUGGGUGCACCUGGAAACAAAGUGCCAAGAACCCCGGGAGAAGGUGGGCUGUUGAGGAAGGGAACUGAGAUUUUGAAGGAAGGGAGUAAACGAAGGAAGAACUGCAUCACUUGGGCACUGGCGUUCUCACAGGUCGUCCUGAGGGCUCCGCACAGGAACUGCGAGGACCUUAGCAGGACCACAGUCGGGCGUCGGGCAGACGGGAAGCCAGAGUGGGCACCUGGAGUCACGGCCGUAGGACGCCGUCGCCAGGGGCGCCUGGACAGACCCACCUGGACAGACCCAGGCGCCUCUGGCCUGUGUCCGCAGCGGAUUCCAGGACCGGGGACAGAGUGUGUCGUUAGUGUCGGCUUGCACUUGUUAAAGGAAACACGAAUGCACUGUAACUUUGCUGAAGUUACAAAACACGAAAUCAAAGCUGGCUUCCCGUCGUCUUAAUGUUAGGCAACCUUUCCUGAUUUCUCCGGCUCCCCCAGAAUAGGCCCUCGGUACCCCUAGACGAAGAGACGCAAGUGCAUUGGUGACAUUUUUGAUGGAAUAUGAAACCUUUAUAGAAAUACUUAUCUCGUGGAAGGGUGAAGAAAGCUAUUUAAAAGGUGAUGGAAAUAUUUUUUCAAUUAUAUUUCUCAUAUCUAUAUCAGUAGCCCACGCAGGAAAUCCUUUGGUAAGGGCAAAACGAAUGUCCCCGUCUUCUAAGCUCCUGUGGAGGCCUUCGGUCUUGCCCGCCAGCCCCACUGCCGUCAGGUACAUACGGCGGCAUUGCUCACGCUCCUCCUUGGCUUCCGUGGUGAACAUAUUCUGUUCUUUUUUAUUACCGUUGUCCACUUGUCCCCAUUCCCCCCUCGACGUUCCCCUGCCCUCCCCCCCGCCUCCCGCCUCUCGGCGAACACAUUCUUUGCAGAGGACCUGCAACCCCGUAGAGCCGGGGUGGGUCCCAUCGGAGCCCUGGGUCACAGCUGGGACUAACACAGUCCCGGGGAGAAGAGUCCAGGAGCAGCGCCCCGACCCCAGGAGCGCGCACUGCGGGCUGCUUCCCUUUCAAGUGACCCUCAGCCUCUGAGAAGUCACUUCGUUGGCGUUCACGUCCUUUCCAACCCGUAAGACUGACAGGGUUGCCUGUCACCCUUUUGUCACACUCACCACGUGAUGUUGUACUUCCUCACCUAAUUUGUUUCGGUCCCGACAUCUUUCACUGUUACGUUCAUUUUCUUUACCAAAAAUGAAAGUCAGCCAGCGUUCCAGUGUCCACAUGGAUUUUAACAUCCCCUCCGUGGUGGUUCAGAAAAGCUCAAUUUUUUUCUUGUAAAAUAUAGCGGCUAGAGAAUUGCAUCUUGGUACUCGUUUCUACAAAUCAUUAGUAUAAUUUGUUAGCUUUACUGAUACUUACACUUUUAUUCCAGGAAGCCUUGUACAAGGUGCCUUAUCAAAUGGCCAGCUGAGUUAAAGAUUCUUGUGCUUUGUGAAUCUUACAGCUCCACUGUACGGAGUUCUUUUUAACUUCCAGAAAUCGGCACAUUCCGCAGAACGCCUGAGCUCUUUUCCUGAAGUGGCGGAGGGGGGAGCAGAAUGGCCCCAGGUCUGGUCCUUACCUGCACGCCCGGCGCAGUUUCAUAGCCUCUUACCUUCUUCUCAUAUAAAAUCUCCAGGUGUAUACGUUCCAGAUGUUUAAUAAAUCAGUUUUUGCCUUUCCUUUUGACUUUUUCAAAGGGUCGUAAGGGUCAUCUAUAGAUUUUUUUCCUCGUCCAGUUCCAUGUCACACUUGAGUGUGUUUUGACACCAUCAGCCUGGGCUGUCCUUCAGUGCAGUGCCUGUGGGCCCGAAAAUCCAAAGCAUGGUGUAGGUGAGAGUUUCCACGCGGUCUGUCAUAAUAGCGUCACCCGACCACGUGCCCUUCUCCGUGUGUGGUUGAACGCUCGUGCAUCCCAGCAUUAACUGCUAGUUCUAAUUUCACUCAUUGGGAAAUACAUUUGAGAAUUGCUACUCCAAUCUUGAUUCCUUUAGAAAGAGAUUAACCAGCCCAAAUAUCCAGAAAAUUUUCAGAUACGUAUUCUACAAUGUUUUUCAUCUUUUCCUAGAACACCAUUGUUGUAACACUCCAGAAACCCAACAUUUGCAGUUCUGAAAAGAGAUUAUUUCUCUUCUUAUUAAAUUCUGCAAAAUAAAUUAAGGGAAUGAGCUUCAAUUUGAUUAUUCGAUCCAUGAGCUUUUAUAUCUUGAAAAUCUCAUUUAACACAUUCCUUUAAGCUGGCUUUUGAAAGAAACCAAGCUGGAUUUUUCAGUGCAUAUGUUUGCUGGCUUCCCACAUCCUGAGCCAUGGAGCAAUUUGGUUAUAUUUAGUUACAUACGAUUCAGUGCAGGGAAACAAACUCUCAGUUGCCUAAUGCUCGCAUAUGAGCGCCCAUCAGAACACUAGUAGGUGGUCAUGCAGGCCUGUGGCCUGUCCCCAUGCAAGCCAAACUCUGCCUUCCUCUCUCCCGAUACUAAGUUGGCAGUUUCUUCCUCAUGGGCUUUCUCAAACUUCCAAAAUAAAGCAGAACAACAAUCUUUGCACUGAUGUUGGAGUAUUUAAUCAUAUUUAUCUUGUUUCAUUUCUUCAAAAUGUUCAUUCUUUUAUAUAUACACUAUGUGUUAUUUAUUUUUCUCACAUUACUACUCCAUUUCUUAAAAUACUUUCCAGUUACUGUAUUUUUAGGACUAUAAG